AUGCAACACUACACAGAAAACUCCCAGAUUAGUAAAGAACAUUUCUAUGAAUAUCAUUUAUCAUGUUUUACAUACACUCCUCUACUAUGUAUCCUGAACCCUGCUCUUCCUCUACUCUGUAUCCUGAACCCUGCUCUUCCUCUACUCUGUAUCCUGAACCCUGCUCUCCCUCUACUCUGUAUCCUGAACCCUACUCCUCCUCUACUCUGUAUUCUGAACCCUACUCCUCCUCUACUCUGUAUCCUGAGCCCUGUUUCUCCUCUACUCUGUAUCCUGAACCCUGCUCUUCCUCUACUGUGUAUCCUGAACCUUGCUAUUCCUCUACUUCGGAUCCUGAACCCUGCUCCUACUCUACUCUGUAUCCUGAACCCUACUCCUACUCUACUCAGUAUCCUGAACCAUACUCCUCCUCUACUCUGUAUCCUGAACCAUACUCCUCCUCUACUCUGUAUUCUGAACCCUGCUCUCCCUCUACUCUGUAUCCUGAACCCUAUUCCUACUCUACUCUGUACCCUGAACCCUUCUCCUCCUCUACUCUGUAUCCUGAACCCUACUCCUCCUCUACUCUGUAUUCUGAACCCUGCUCUCCCUCUACUCUGUAUCCUGAGCCCUGCUCCUCCUCUACUCUGUAUUCUGAACCCUGCUCUCCCUCUACUCUGUAUCCUGAACCCUAAUCCUACUCUACUAUGUAUUCUGAACCCUGCUCUCCCUCUACUCUGUAUCCUGAACCCUACUCCUACUCUACUCUGUAUCCUGAGCCCUGCUCCUCCUCUACUCUAUAUUCUGAACCCUACUCCUCCUCUACUCUGUAUUCUGAACCCUACUCUUCCUCUACUCUGUAUUCUGAACCCUGUUUUAAAGAUUUAA